AUGUCUUCUCCGAGCCCUGGGAAACGUCGUAUGGACACGGACGUCGUCAAAUUAAUUGAGAGCAAGCACGAAGUUACGUUACUGGGUGGGCUCCAUGAAUUUGUGGUCAAGUUCUAUGGGCCUACUGGAACUCCUUACGAAGGUGGUGUCUGGAAGGUGAGAGUUGAUCUGCCAGAGAGAUAUCCCUUCAAGUCUCCAUCAAUUGGGUUCAUGAAUAGAAUAUUUCAUCCAAACGUUGAUGAAGUGUCAGGUACUGUCUGUUUGGAUGUUAUAAAUCAGGCAUGGACAGCUCUCUAUGAUCUUUCAAACAUUUUUGAGUCUUUCUUACCCCAGCUGCUCACAUAUCCUAAUCCAACUGAUCCGUUGAAUGGGAGUGCUGCAGCUCUUUACCUGCAUCGGCCGGAAGAUUACAACAAAAAAGUUCAAGAAUAUGUUCAGAAGUAUGCAACAGAAGCAGCGCUUCGUGAACAAGAAAACGUCCAGUCAUCCAGUGAAAGCUCCCUUAGUGAUUUUUCGGAGGAUGAGACGCAACAAAUGGAACUAUAA